AAAUUGGAAUAAUAGCUCCUGGUACAAUCAAGACAAAUAAAUACUUUAUAUGUGAAAUUAUUACAACAUUUUUCAUAUUUGACUUGAAUAUUAAUUUAUUUAUUAACGAAGGUGCGUGCGUGAGUCUCAAUCUCUUUAACUAAGACCACUCCCGGCGCAGAUCCAUCUGAUUCUGGCUUUGAAUUGGGGAUUCGAGUUCGAGAGAGUGAGUGGCAAACCUCUCCAUUUCACAUCAGAUUCUCUCAGAUUGGAAGGCAGAGAGAGAUGGGGUGCUCGUUCUCCGGUUUGAAUGCUCUGUACGACGCCGUUAAUGGCGCCGGUGAUGUUUGGAUCAACGAGAACCGUUUCAGGAUUGUACGCCAGCUCGGAGAGGGCGGCUUUGCCUUUGUCUACCUCGUCAAGGAGCUCAUCUCCGAUCCUUCCAAUCCCGCCGCUGGCAUUUCCGCCAAAAUCAAGGAUUCUUCGCAUAUCUCCGGUGAUGGAACAUAUGCAAUGAAGAAAGUUCUGAUUCAAAACGGCGAGCAACUACAGAUGGUGAGGGAUGAAAUUCGUGUUUCGUCUCAGUUUAACCAUCCUAAUUUGCUUCCUCUUCUGGACCAUGCAAUCAUUGCAGUCAAGGCUUCACAAGAUCAAUCCUGGAAGCAUGAAGCUUACUUAUUGUUUCCAGUUCAUUUGGAUGGAACAUUAUUGGACAACACCACGGCUAUGAAAGCUAAGAAGGAGUUCUUUUCCACCUCAGAUGUGCUUCAAAUACUUCAUCAGCUUUGUGCAGGACUUAAGCAUAUGCACAGUUUUGACCCUCCCUAUGCACAUAAUGAUGUCAAACCUGGAAAUGUCCUUGUGACAUACAGGAAAGGCCAGCCACCUGUGGCUAUAUUGAUGGAUUUUGGGAGUGCCCGUCCUGCAAGAAGGCAAAUCCGUAGUCGUUCGGAAGCAUUACAACUUCAGGAGUGGGCUUCUGAACACUGUUCUGCCCCCUUCCGAGCUCCUGAAUUGUGGGAUUGCCCAAGCCACGCAGACAUAGAUGAGAGGACUGAUAUCUGGUCACUAGGCUGCACCUUGUUUGCCAUAAUGUAUGGUGAGUCUCCUUUUGAAUAUGCACUUGGAGAAUCAGGCGGGAGCUUACAGCUUGCUAUCGUAAAUGCCCAAGUAAAGUGGCCAGCCGGACCCAAUCCGCCUUAUCCAGAUGCACUCCACCAGUUUGUAAAAUGGAUGCUGCAGCCCCAAGCUACUGUUCGGCCUUGCAUUGAUGAUAUCAUAAUUCAUGUCGAAAAGUUGGUCGCAAAGUUUUCUAACUGAAGAAAUUGCAACAGAGAAUUAUUGUUGGAGUUGUGUGUUUCAGCAUGUCAGGUUAUACGAGUAGUGUGUAAUGUUUGAAGCGCACAUGAGAUGAUGGGGUGAGGUGUAGGGAGAGUCAUUUAACUGUUUGCCUAUCUAUGAUACAUUAAUUUUGUUUGAGUUAUAGCCUUAAUUAUGUAAGUUUUUGUACAUGUUUAAAUCUCCAAAUAAUUGAUCUAUGGAUGAAUUAUACUCGAUUACAUUUUACAGAUACAAAA